AUGACGUCUCACGGCCUCCGUACAAAAAGCGGCUUCCGCAUGACGUAGCCGACCAGUCAGCAUUCUUCCUCCUGAGAAGCCGGGUGGAGAGUUAGCGCCGAGCCUACGGACGAGCUCCAACACUCAACAACCUUUAAGAGGCUUCACUCGAAAUUCAGGCUCAUUUUUUUCUUUUCUGUUUUUCUUUUUUUAUUUCGCUCGACGAAAAACACAAUUAAACUGACGGUCCUUUUGUAAAGGUAAGACAUCUCGAUCUUUUCCUCCUCUUGCUAACGUUUGCUAAUCGACCCGGUUUAGCUGUAAAUCCCUGUCAGGUCGAUAAUCUAACGGGAUAUAAACUUUAACAUUUGGUUUAAACAUUAGUUUACGUCUGUUUAACUGAAAUGGGUUCGUGUUAAGAAUAAACUAACGGGUUUUUAGAGAGUCGUUAACAGCUCGUUAGCUGUUAGCUUACCGGCAGCAGCUCUGAGAACAAAACCCCUCAAGAUGUCGCUGUAAGUGGACAUCCGGUCCGUGAACAAAGGCCUCAUCAAAUCAGCUGAUGGGUGUUUUUUUAUGUUUAAACCUCACCCUUUAUUUUCACUAACACGUAAUUCGCUGUUUUAUACAACACGGUUACAAGUUUACUCGAAACACCAGACGUUUUGUCAGUGUGUUUUUAAUUUUGGUGUAUUUUUAAACUUAAACAAAAUUGUAGUAUAGUGUGUCGAGAAAGCAGAGUUUCGGGUUAUUUUCGUUUAAAUCGAAAUAACGUCGUCGAAACGAGUCAAAAUAGAUCACGUCAGUUUUUUUCUGAGAAGUCCUUCGCCUCGAUAUUUCCGAGAAAAGCUCCUCUGUGAAUCCGCGCUUCUGAGUUAUUUGGGUCAUGUCUGGGUUACUUAAGGCAAACUUGGAUUCCUGACUCUUAGGCUAAAAGCUCAAGACUAUCGGGAAGUGAGCGAUUUCGACUCAUGAUAGGCUGAUAGGGAGAAUAGGAAAUGGAGAACACAAACAAAGCGAUUGAGAAAUCCUCCGUCAACGUGAUUUGUUAGCAUGACCUGCCACUUUAGCAUGCUGUGCUAGUACCACCCAGUGUCACAUUCACUCGGACGGACACGUGUGAGGUAGACUCGCGUGUCGCACUCACUCGUUUUAUUUGCAUCGUUUAAUAUUAACUAAACGUGCUGCUUCCUUUUCAGGCAUUUCCUCGUAUUGUAAUGUCCUUAGACCGUCAACAACUGCGUGUUUGUUACCGUCUUAACCCGAGAACAUUAACGCUAAAAUUAGUAACACCAUCACUAUCGCAGGGUGAUUUUGACACGAAAUAAUAACCCAAGAAGAAGAACUUGUCAUCAAAAUAGGACAAUACAUGACAGAUUAAAGUAGUUUUUCUUUUAUUUUUAACUGUGCAAUGCCCAAAAUGGAGGGGGAAAGGGCCAUGAAGGGACUAUAUAAACAUGCAACAAAGAAAAAACUGAAAUUGAGCAUUCAUGAACAAAAAAUGCUUAAAAAUAUAUAUGUAUAGAAACUGUAAACUUAGUUUCUUUCCUGGUGAGGACUCAGGGUUCUUGGCACAAUAACAGCUGCAGUUGAGAGAACCAAAAUAUGGCAGAAGUGAGUAAAAAUGACCAGCUGACUAAAAUAUUUCUUAUCACCACACGAAUUCCCAUGAAAAUCACUAAAUCGCUAAAUAAAGAUAGCAUGCAAAUUCUACGACUACUCUUACCGACCUCAUCUCUACAUGCAGCUAUCAAAUACACCCAAACCUACUUUACCCUCUAUCACUAUUGCCGAGUGAGCACACCUAAAGCAGGUUUUAAAUCAUCUGUACUAUAAAUCGGGAUAAUAAUCGAGAUUGGACAAUAUGACAAAGUAUAUCGUGAUCAUCUGUUUGGCCAAAUCGUCCAGGCCUAAAUGCAAUAUAAUGAAAAUCACGUAAACAUGUUUGGGAAAAUGCAGUAAAUUUAUGGCCUUAUAUCUGUCCUCCUUUUUUCAGGUCGCUUUUCCAGCCCUACUCCCGGAACAUUAUUCUUUUCAGAUAUACUUAGUCAAGCCGCCAAAGUGGAGAGUGUCGUUGCACCAGGGGGUCCUUCUCGUUUCAGGUAUUCCCACAUUACCAUAACACACAGCAAUUGUAUAUUGUAACCCCCCCCUUCUGACUACACCACUUAAAGCCUAAGAGGCACAUUUCCUUUUUGUUAAGUUAAAACCUUUUAUUUCUUUUUUUUUUUGUAUCACAGUGUAGGGGGAGGAGGUGGGGGUGCACCUCAGCACUAUCCCAAGACUGUCGGCAACAGGUGAUUUUUCAUAAAUUUCCUUUUACAUGGAACAUUGACUAAUCUUUAUGAUAGUUAACAACCCAUGUGCCGCAUUACUUAGCCUAUUGCAUCCCCACUUAUAUUAGCUCUUUUUUCUGAUGGCAUCUGUAUCCUUAAAUUCUAUGUGGAUAAAGCAUCUCAUUAUGUAAAUGGAUACUCUAGACCUUUUUUUUACCUUCCCUUCUUUAUGACUUAUUGUCAGCUCAGGUGUUGUCCCAUUUAUUCAAGCGCAAAAUGUUAGGUGUUGUUUGUGUUUGACUUCCUUUUUCAACUAAAUUACUCAUGUGUUGAGAUGUGUCAUGUAUUAUUGGUCAUAAAUCGUAACAAUUUAUUAGUCUGAAUAAAAUGAGGAAUGAACACUCAGGAAGUCAGUCUGCUCCACCGUGUGGUGAACUUCAUUGGCCAGUUACUGUCUAAAUGAAACCAGAACGCCAAAGUGUUACAACAGUUUAGCACACCUGAAACACUGAAGAGAAGCAAAUGAUAUUUCGUGAUGUAAAAUGAAGUGAUGUUUGCUCAUGGUCUCUUCUGUGUCUUAACCAAAAUAAAUUUUUGUUAGGUGAAAUAUGAGUGACAGUGUAGACAUGUCAAUCAAAUAUAAACAUGUCCAUCAAAAGAGCAUUAGGGAAAACAAAGAGCACAACUUAUCUCAGAACAGCGAUACGUGAUGGGUUACUAACAGCCCCACAGAGGGAGAAGAGAAGAGAGUGGUCCUCAGUAAUGAUAGAUAGCACUCAGCCAUGGGGAUCUGGUUUCAAACAGGGUGUUAUUUAGGUAAAGGUGACAUAAGGUGUUAUACUAUAAGGUCAUAAAUAUUUGAUUGUAACACUUGCCGUUUUGUUUUCCUUGCAGCGAGUUCCUGGGGAAAACCCCAGGUCCUGGCGUUCAGAGAUGGGUACCUUCUCGAAGCACUAGACGAGAUGCGAGCUCCUCACGUGAGAAAGGGCGCAAUGAUUCAAUCUUCAGAAAAGUGAGAGGGUAAGCUUCAAUUUAAAUCAAUCUAUAAUUCUCUUUCACAGUUCAUAUAGCAUUUCUGUGUAGCAUUAUUCAUGUAGAAAAGAGCCAUCAGGGAAAAGGUGAAAUCAUGCAGUUUUUAUUAAGGUGUGGCAUUAUUUGACCUCCUGUAAUCUUCUCUCCACAAGCAUUCUCAAUAAGCUGACUCCUGAGAAGUUUGACAAACUAUGCUUGGAGCUCCUCAAUGUGGGUGUUGAUUCAAAAGUUGUUCUCAAAGGAAUCGUCCUUUUGGUAAGUCUUUUCCUAAAUCUCCUGUUUAUCAUACUCACAGUUUAUCACAGCAGUCACUUCAUCAGUAAUUUCACUUUCUUAUAGAUUGUCGACAAAGCCCUCGAAGAGCCCAAGUAUAGCCAGUUGUACGCUCAACUAUGUCUACGCUUGGCAGAGGAUGCACCUAACUUUGAAAGUCCAUCAGGAGAAAAUCAAUCAUCAAGCAAGCAGAACAAUGUAAGUUAAAAAAAUGUUUUAAAUGAUCUUUAUUUUACUGUUUUUUUCCCCCUGUUUUCUUUGAAUACUGAAUGCUUGAAUCUUUUGUUACAGACCUUCAGGAGGCUGCUGAUUUCCAAGCUCCAGGAUGAGUUUGAGAAUCGUGCCAAAAAUGUUGAAAGUAAGUGGAUAAACUCCUGAUAUUUGUGGCCGGUUCCCAAACACCCGCGGCCAUAUCAUGAUUGAAUGGUCUCUAAUUUAUCUCUCCCUCUCUCUCCUUUUAGUCUUUGAAAAAAUCGACACCCCACUCACCUCUGAGGAGGAGGAGCAGCGUGCUAUCGCUAAGAUCAAGAUGCUGGGCAACAUCAAAUUCAUUGGGGAGCUCGGGAAACUCAACCUCAUCCACGAAUCUAUCCUUCAUAAGUGCAUCAAAACAGUAAGUUGAAUGGCAUCUGUGUGGUUGGCUGAAAUUUUAAACCAUAUGUAGAAUUCAUGUUCAUAGUAUAAUAUUCUGUUUUAACCUUUUUAAGCUGCUGGAUAAAAAGAAGAGAGUCCAACUCAAGGAUAUGGGUGAAGAUCUGGAAUGCCUCUGUCAGAUAAUGAAAACAGUCGGACCUAAACUUGAUCAUGAAAAGGCUAGGGUGAGUAUCUACCUAGUGAUGCAGUUAAAUGAUGGUUGUUUUCUAAAAAAGAAAGAUUUAAUCAACUAAAACACAAUCUUCUUUCAGUCCUUGAUGAAUCAGUACUUUGGUCGCAUGCAGUCCUUAACAAACAACAAGGAACUGCCAGCGAGGAUCAGAUUCCUGCUGCAGAAUACGGUGGAGCUACGAGAAAACGACUGGUCACCUCGUAAAGCUCAAGUAGACAACGGACCAAAGACCAUCACUCAAAUCCGUCAGGAAGCAGUUAAGGUGGGUUUGCCUGGUCGAUGAAGACCCUGAAUUGUAUGGGAAUAUAGCCCAGUAAUAAGAGUAUAAUCCUGUGUGGCAUAAAGUCAGCCUGUAUCCUACUUUGCAUUGCAGGAUUUAGGGGUUUUUAUUCCACCUCCCACCGAUGCAAUGAGGAAUGAUUUCUUCAUGGAGAACUCCUCUUUCCUGCCAGGGAAGAUUAAGUUUGACAGAGAAACUCUGGGUGGACUGGCUGAUAUGUUUGGACAGAUGCCUGGUACGUUACAGCCCUUCAUACCUCUAAUCAAGAAGACAAAGAUACACAACUUUGGAUUUGGAUUUAAUGUUUUUGGGUUCUGUUUUCCAAAGGAUGUAGCAUAGGUACAGGCCCAGGAGUCAUUCAAGACCACUACUCCCCCACCAUGGGACGCCAUCGUACAAACCCGCACUACAAUGGUCACAUGGCGAAUGGUAAUGGUGUGCAUCAGCCUCAGUAUGAAGCAGGAAGCAAGCCUUACAACAAACCAACCCAGGUAUAUACUUGGCAUCAUCAGACUGAUUCUUCACUACAUAACUUAAAAUCUGAUGUUCAUAACUGAGUCUAUAAAAUCUCUUUUUUAAAGGGGCAGAAUUCACCAGUGUUCAGCCAUAAACAGAAUCACACAGCACAGAUACAGUCGAAGGAUAUGGCGCCACGAUUCAGCAAGAAAGGGAAGGUCAACGUUGAUGAGGUACAACCGCCUGCAUUGCAUUUGUAUUCAUAGUUUUAGUCGAUUACACUUUUUAUACAUGUGGUAGUCUGAUUUGCAUUAAAAUAGGUCAUUAUUUUCAAUCACGGUGUGUUUUGUAAAAAAAAAGUCAUGUCAUGAAAUGUGGCUUGGAUAGGAAAUCAUCUGUUAUUGUUUUUUAAAAAUGCUGUUUUCUCCCCUCCAGAUCAGUCUGAGACCAGCACAGUCUUUCAUUUUGAGUAAGAAACCGAUGUCCAAGUUGCAGCCUCAGAUGACUAUGAUACCUUCAAGUGCCCAAGGUCCCCAAAUAGGACAGGUAACACGUUUAUGUGAAGUGCAAAUAUGCUGAUGGUGAUCACAGGUUCUCGUGACCAUGUACUCAUUUAGCUUUUCUUUGUUUAGUCGCCACAGCUUGGCCUGAAAAUCAAUCCUCCACCUAUUCAGGAAAAACCUGCCAAGUCAAACAAGAGGGCUCCUCCUACUAAGGAAGAGCUGCGCAAAAUGACAGUAAGUUUCUCGCAUUCCGCUUCCUUCCUGCUAAUUAAACAGUCCAACACACAAUCUCAUCAUCUUGUUUUUUUCCCCCCUUUUUUUUAGGAGUCAUUAGUUGCAGAUUACCUGAACAACAAGAACAUUGAGGAGGCUGUGAACGCUGUGAAGGACAUGAAGGCUCCAAAACACUUCUCAUCUGAGAUGCUGAACAAGAUGGUGGUCUAUUCCCUUGAUCGUUCGGAUGAGGAUAAGGAGCAAACGAGCACCCUCAUCCACACACUGUGUAAAGAAGGACUUGUCAACAGUGAAAACCUGAUGCAGGUCAGUGUAGUACCCUUUUUAAGUCAUUGAUCAGAAUAUAAUCGAAGGCUAUAUAAAGGCCUUUUGUUCGAGAGUUUAAUUAACUCUGUUUUUGUUCACUAGGCCUUUUUGAGUGUUCUGGACCUGUGUCCAAAGAUUGAGGAGGAAGUCCCUCUGGUGAAGUCCUACCUGGCACAGUUUGCAGCACGUUCAGUCGUUGAGGACCUGGUCAGCAUUUCGGAUUUGGCCCAUCAGCUGGAGAACGGUGCACACUUUCCUCUGUUCUUGCUCUGCCUGCAGCAGUUGGUCAAACUGAAGGACCGAGAGUGGCUGACCGACCUGUUCCAGCAGAGCAAGGUCAACAUGCAGAAGAUGCUUCCUGGUACGUCCAAAUACAACCAAACCAAAUCAUUUCUGUGUGCUCUGUACUUUUUUCUUCGGCUGCUAAGUAAUGGAUUUUUAUUUUCCAUGUAGAAAUUGACCAGAACAAAGACAGGAUGCUGGAGAUCCUGGAGGGCAAAGGCCUCAGCUUUUUGUUCCCACUCAUGAAACUGGAAAAGGAGCUGCUGAAGCAGAUUAAAGUUGAUCCCUCUCCACAGUCCAUAUACAAGUGGAUUAAAGACAACAUCUCUCCUAAACUGCACACAGAUAAAGGCUUUGUGAACAUCCUAAUGACCAGGUACAACAGCAGAUGGUGUUUGUGAAAACAGUCACGUUAUCUUGCACUGUAACCCAAUGAGUUUGUGGUUAAUUUGAUCACAUACACAAGAGAUUUCCAGUAUUUUGAUCACCUUCUUGUCCGUCAGCUUCUUGCAGUACAUUGCCUAUGAGAUCAACCCUGAUGAUGACGAAGAGCAGCUUGCAGCACCCAGUAAAGAGCAACUGGAUGAGGAGAAGCAGCUGAUGCUGUCUUUCAAGCCGGUGAUGCAGAAGUUCCUACAUGAUCACAUCGACCUGCAGGUUGGCGCGUUGUACGCUCUGCAGGUCCACUGCAAUGCAAAGAGUUUCCCUAAAGGUGAGCACGCCUACUUUUCUUUUAUCUGUGCAGCUCCAGUCCAGGUCAGAGCAGGUGUGGUGCAGAAGAUUAACAGUCGCUCCUCUUUUCCAGGUAUGUUGCUGCGCUACUUUGUCAACUUCUAUGACAUGGAAAUAAUCGAAGAAGAAGCCUUCCUUUCAUGGAAAGAGGAUAUCACCCAGGAGUAUCCAGGGAAGGGAAAAGCAUUAUUUCAGGUAAUCUUACGAUUUCUCACAUUACUCCCAGCAGUGACACAGAUCCAUGUAGAUUUAAUGUUGUGACCUAUUUGAGUUUGUAGACUCUCACUCCUUAUCAAAGUUUAUCAGUUCUUCUGGCUAUUUCUGUGCAAGCCUCAGUAUCAUAUCCUGUACAGCUUCCUCAUGAUCAUAAAUAACCCGGUUUAAUGGAGGUGUUUUUGUCCUGGUGCAGGUGAACCAGUGGCUGACCUGGCUGGAGACUGCUGAAGAAGAGGAGUCAGAUUGUGAAGAUUUCUGA